AUGAUAAACGAAGAGAUGAAGACAGAAGGCGGGAUGAGGAAAGACGUAGAGAACCCCAAACGAGAUGAUAGAAGAAACGAAGAUAAACGAAGAGAUGAAGACAGAAGGCGGGAUGAGGAAAGACGUAGAGAAGCAAGCCAACACAUUAAUGAAGAGAGUGGCAUCGUAUCCUUAUCUAGCCCACGCCGAGAUGAUAGGCGUAACGAUGAUAAAAGAAGGGAUGAAGACAGAAGGCGGGAUGAGGAAAGACGUAGAGAAGCAAGCCUACAGUUUAAUGAAGAGAGUGAUAUCGUUUCCUUAUCUAGCCCCAAACGAGAUGAUAGAAGAAACGAAGAUAAACGAAGAGAUGAAGACAGAAGGCGGGAUGAGGAAAGACGUAGAGAAGCAAGUCUAGAGUUUAACGAAGAGAGUGACAUAAUAUCCCUAUCUAGCCCCAAACGAGAUGAUAGAAGAAACGAAGAUAAACGAAGAGAUGAAGACAGAAGGCGGGAUGAGGAAAGACGUAGAGAAGCAAGUCUAGAGUUUAACGAAGAGAGUGACAUAAUAUCCCUAUCUAGCCCCAAACGAGAUGAUAGAAGAAACGAAGAUAAACGAAGAGAUGAAGACAGAAGGCGGGAUGAGGAAAGACGUAGAGAAGCAAGUCUACAGUUUAAGGAAGAGAGUGAUAUCGUUUCCUUAUCUAGCCCCAAACGAGAUGAUAGAAGAAACGAAGAUAAACGAAGAGAUGAAGACAGAAGGCGGGAUGAGGAAAGACGUAGAGAAGCAAGCCAAAACAUUAAUGAAGAGAGUGGCAUCGUAUCCUUAUCUAGUCCACGCCGAGAUGAUAGGCGUAGCGAUGAUAAAAGAAGGGAUGAAGACAGAAGGCGAGAUGAGAAUAGACGUAGAACAUAUCAAAUGGAACAAGGUUUAGAUUCCGGUGUUAUCCCGAAUAAUGAUGAUAUAAUUUUGGUUAAAAGUCAGGAGAAUGGGUCUCAAAGUUUUGUGAAAUUAAUCAUGACUAUAUGUUUGAAUCUUUUGACAUUGGGCUAUAUAAUGCCAAUUUUCUCUAAAGAUGAAAAGUCAAAAGAUCAUGAAAAUUUUAAAUCCUUAACUAAUAUAUACCAAUCUAAAGGAAAACAUUUGAAAGAAUUGCUAAAAUAUUCUUUCAAUAAAAGUGAUGUCUCAACUUGA